AAAACCUGUGCCUAUCCCGCAACUCUUUUUCAUGUUAAAUCCUGUGCCUAUCCCGCUACUCACUGUGUCUCUUGGACCUCUUAUUCCUGUGGAUUUAGCUUGUCUAUCAUGACAUCGUAACCCCCAUUUCCAAUCAUCCCCACUCACAUCAUGGCGCCACCGGUGGAAAUCUCCGUACCAAAUGCCACCAUCUCAACGGGGUCCAAGCCUUACACAAUUUACAAUAUCUCGCUCCGACUUCCACUCCGCUCCUUCACUGUCCAGAAACGAUACUCAGACUUCCUCACCCUCCACUCGGGAUUAACGGACCAAGUUGGCAGCCCUCCUCCCGCCACACUACCUGCCAAAUCAUGGUUCUCCAAGACAGUUAGUGAUGCCAAACUCACAGAAGAAAGACGCGAGGCCUUGGAGGCUUAUCUACAGACCAUAAACUCGAUUGACGAUGCUCGGUGGAGGACUACCUCCGUCUGGCGGACGUUCCUCAAUCUCCCGUCCUCCUUUGCCAAUCAGACCUCUUCCACAGCUGGUGCCUUGCAUUCAGUUCUGUCAGGCCCCGGAGCUGGUGGGGCUCCCAUCACUGACCCCGUCAUUUGGCUCGACUGUCACCGUGACCUCAAAACCCAACUGCAAGAUGCUCGUCUGAGCCUGACAAAUCGGGACCAGGCCUCGACCCCGCAGAAACAACACGAAGCCAGCGUUGCGGCGAAGAGUAGCCUCGUCAAGUCCGGCACACUCAUUACUGCUCUCGAGGAGGGGCUCACUAACAUCCAAAAAGACAGCCAAGGUGGCUGGGGAGGUCAAAAGCUCGGCGAAGGAGAAAUCAGACGGAGAAAGGACCUUUUGGCGUCGGCGCGCAAGGACAAAGAAGGCUUGGAGAAUCUCCUGAACGCCAUGAUCACCAAAUCCAAGCUCGACUCCACCGUAGCUUCCAUCCAGGACAAGGAGGCUCUGGUCGGCACCAAGCCCAGAUCUGGAGGCCGUGUCUUGGGCAAGGAGACGGCCGAAACACGAGAGCUCGACAAUGCGGGCGUGCUGCAACUUCAGAAACAAAAGAUGGCCGAUCAAGACCUAGAUGUCGAAGAGUUGCGCAAAAUCGUCAUGAGACAAAAGGAAUUAGGCAUUGCCAUCAAUCAGGAACUCGAAGUACAGAACGAGAUGCUCAAAAUGGUCGAUGAGGAUGUCGAUCGUGUCCAAGGCAAGAUCAAUAUUGCCAAACGCAGAAUCGGCAAAAUCUCCUAAACAUCAUUCAUCUCUCAUUUUUGUUACAUUUUCUCAUUAAACUUUUGGGGGUAUCGACCACAUGAAAACAAGAACUGCUUCGAGGUGAUGGGCUGAAAGCAAUUCAUCACAGCUUCGCGGCCAUAAACUUGUCUGCCUCCUCACGAGUCAGAUCGGAGCUCUCCGAAACAUCUUGACUGAUUACACCCAGUUUCGACACUCGAAUUUUCCACCACAAUUCGCGCCGGUCGCCCCCCAGAUCCUUGGCCGACAGUUUGUGCUUGAGUUUAGCAAUGGCAUCAUUAUACACCUUGGGCUCCUCGUAACCGAUCAUCUCUUCUCGCAUCACACCCAAGGCCUCCAGGACACGACCAUAGUUCUGAUCCCCCAAACUGUCCCGAGUCCAAUCUUGAAUAAUGGCCAACAUCUGCUGCACAUACUUUUGGAAGUCCUCCAGUUUUGUCGUGGUGCCCACAAGCUGCUUGAAUUCUGGGAUGGCGUUGGUGGCCGAGAUCGAGGUGCGAUCCUCCUUCUCAAACAGCUCCUCCACGUUGAGCCCUGACAAGGGCUUCUCGGCCUCACGGUACCGACGACGACCUUUGGUCUUGGGAGGCACCUUCUUCACGUCGGCUGCCUUGAUCAAUCUAGCUAGGAUGGAUUGGCUAGCCUCUUGAAGGUGCGCGGGUUGUCGGGAAUACGCCAGAAACGACUCGGGUUUCUCUGGGAUCGGUGACGUAGGAUGGACAGCACGGUGUUUGACGGCUCCUUCUAUAAUGUGGAGAAGUGGCGAAAAUGUGUCUUCGAUAGCCAUGAGUUCCUCGCCCUGGUCAUCGAUAAGAUUCAUGCUGUCGACGAACUCACUCAUACUGUUGAGGAGGUCAUCAUUGGGGAGGUUGCGGUGUUCGGUCAGGGCUUUGCCCGAGACAGUCAAGACUUUGUCCAACGGGGGAAAACGAUACGUGCGGACGUCUUCCGCGAACGGGAGUACGUUCUCAACGAGACAUUCGAUUUCUUGGGUAGCCAGUGGUGAAAGAAUGGUCAAGAUGGGCUCAUUCAUGUCCUUCUUGACCAAGCGCGCAACAGCAACAGAGCCCAGCUCGUGCAGAGCAUGGAUGAGAGAUGAGAGCGCCAAGGUCGCCUUGUCGUUUCCCUUUUGAGCCACCAGCAUAUUGGAGUUGUCGAGAAGCAUGUAUCUCUCGACAUUCUCGAUGGGAAUAAAUCCUAGAAUCUCAUAUGCCGCCGAGGUUUCCAGUCUCG